GAACCUCAGCUACCUCGGCAGCCGUCGCCACCGCCGGAAAGACCGCCGCCAGAGCCCACACCGAGCACACCUGCGCCAGGAACUCCGCAGAGACCCAGCGUCCCGGAAGACGCAGAUCUCUGGGACAGUGUAGCCAUGGAGGAGGAAGCAGAAGACAUGCCUGUGGAGAUGGGAGAUCUCUGGGAGGCUGCUGAGGUCGACCUCCAAGCCGAGCUCCGCGAAGAGAGCCGCAGGGAGGAGUGGCCGACUGAGAGCCCGGCCUUUCCACCUCUUCCGACCCCCUGCCGGGCCCGUGCGCCUCCGCAGAUCGGAGAAGGAGAUCCUGCGACCGAAUCGAGCUACGAGCAGCAGACGUCGCCGAUCCCUGCUGCAGAAGCCCUGAGCUUGCUGGAAGCCCCGGAGGCGGCAGGCGUUGACCUCAGUCCGAAGUCGGCGCCUGGAGCACAGCGUCAGCAGGAGCAACGCUGCAGCCCCAACGCUGGCUCGGGCUCGGAGGAGGAGCCGCCGGCAGCAGUCGGAGUGGCACCGGUACAGCCUUCUGGAAGAGACUCCCUGAGAGAGCCCUCCCGCAUCGACUGGGACGAGGAGCCGACGGUGCUGCCCCCUGCUAGCGCCUCGGUGGGAGUGCCGCCGUGCGCCGAUUUCUUCCAGGCGGGAGAUGACGUGCCACAGUUCGGCCACGCCGCCGGCGGCCCUUGUGCCAGCGCUGGAGAGCUCCCUCCUGCCGAUGUAGACAACCAGGAUCCGGAGGGGCUUAGCGGUGAGGACUCCCCGGGCUCCGAGGCGUGCGGAGAGCCGCAGCUGAACGAGGAGGAGGUUUCUGAGGAGGACUUACCUCUACUGGACCUGGUAGAGAAGGCCCGGCAACAGCCAGCGAAGCCACAGCGUGUGCGAGAUGCUCGUCCUCAGCGCCCGAAGACGCAGACGAAGCUGCCCCAAUCCAUGAGGCUCCCCUUGUUCUUCGAUUCGAACGCGAGCCCUUCGCCACUACCGGUGGACUCCGAGUACUGC